AUACAACUAAUAAUUUAAUGGGGACAGAGAGAGGGAGAGACGGAGUGAGAGGGGGAGAGACAGAGAGGGAGAUAGAAAGAAAGAAAGAGGAGCUCCGUCCGGACGCCAAUCCCCAACCAACAGGACACCUCCUACUCUCACUACCGCCGGCAGCCCUCCUGCGCGUCCACAGCCAGCCUUAUUUACGCUCGACAUCGGAAAGUAAACCGCACUUUUUGACCCCCCUCUCCUUGUUUUAUUUUGCGAACCUGUGUCGACUGUCCGCAUAUCGUCUCCACAUCGCCUCGACAGCCGAGCUCUCACUGUCGGUUAUCAGCAUUUCUCUCUCUCAGUCAGCCUCUGCCGGCGGUCACAUCCACAGACAGCACUAGCUAAACCGACGUUAAGCUAUUUUUUUCCGCGUCCCUUCGCGAACACACGCACACAGCGAGGGGUUUGUUAGGUCUCGGCGGCGGUUAUUAUCACUACAACUGUGUCCGAGGUGCUGUCGGUGCGUGCUGGCGGGGGCUAACUGUGCUGUACGGCUGCCCGCCUGCCGCUAAAGCGAUUCGGAUGUUGUGGUGCGAACUAAAGCAGAAGUCGCCUUCACUUGUAAGCGACGGACGCGGCUAGCCGCUCACUUUGUGCUAAAUGUCGCUGCUCCUAACGGCUUCGCUCGGCGUUUUUUUCCCUCCUGUUGGACGGAAUUAGCUACCGUUGGGGCUACACGGACACACACACACACACACACACACGCUCUCACACACACACACACACAUUACCGCUUACCAAUGUUCGCCUAUCUCGGUCCAUCUCGCCCGCGUCGUCUCUCGCACAGACCCGCGUUGUUGUUUUUCCGCACCGCCUGUCAGUCCUCCGCGAAGAAUAGCAGGAGAAAGCGUCUUUUUAAACACUGAUUCAUUUUUAUUAUUAUUAUUUUUUUAAAGCGCCGCUGGCUGUCAUGCACACGUAGAGAGAGGUAACAGGAGAGGAGCCGGGAGUUGUUUUGGGGGGGUUUCUUUUUCUUUUCUACCCUGGCCAAACUUGAAGAAGACGCGUUUUCCAGGCGGCGUUUUAUGCUCCCCAGUGCUGAAGUGCUGCGUUUCAGGUGAUAGUGAGCAGAGGUGCUGAGAAUGAUGGAACAUCUCAGCGAGACGUGUUUGGGCAAGGAGAACUCCGAGCUGGUCAACAGCAUGGCAGAGGCCAAGGCCCCGCCGGCCAAGCUGCCCCGGCUGGAGCAGAACGGCAGCCCCCUGGGCCGGGCCAGGCUGGGCAGCACCGGGGCCAAGCUCGCCGGGGUCCCGUACAAGCCCACCAGCCACCUGCUGAAGACCUGCCACAAGAGAGGCAACAUGCUGCCUGUGUUCUGUGUGGUCGAGCACUACGAGAAUCCCAUGGAUUUUGACAGCAAGGAGGAGCACGCCGAGUUCGUCCUGGUGCGCAAGGACAUGCUCUUCAACCAGCUCAUCGAGAUGGCCCUGCUGUCGCUGGGCUACUCCCACAGCUCAGCGGCCCAGGCCAAAGGUAUGAUUCAGGUGGGGAAGUGGAACCCCGUCCCCCUGUCAUACGUGACAGACGCACCGGAUGCUACAGUGGCUGACAUGCUGCAGGACGUCUACCACGUGGUCACGCUUAAGAUCCAGCUGCACAGCCCUGACUGCCGCAGAAAUCUAGCCAGUAACACCUUAAAUUGUUUUGCCGAGCACAACGAGCCAGGAAGUUGUCCUAAGCUGGAGGACCUGCCGCCCGAGCAAUGGAGCCACUCUACAGUAAGAAACGCCCUCAAGGAGUUACUCAAAGACAUGAAUCAGAGCUCUCUGGCUAAAGAAUGUCCCUUAUCACAGAGUAUGAUUUCCUCCAUUGUGAACAGCACUUACUAUGCAAAUGUGUCGGCGGCGAAGUGUCAGGAAUUUGGGCGCUGGUAUAAACAUUUCAAGAAGACAAAAGAUAUGAUGGGCAUGCGCCAACCCUCCCAGCUGGAGGGCUACCUGGGGACGUGUGUCCUCCGUGAGAGCCCGCGUGCCAAUGCACUAGAGAUAGAUGGCCUGUCCGACCUCUCUCCACCCGGCUCUAACCACAACCACAACCACCUGGGCUUCUCGCAGCAGCAGCAGCCCAUCCCGGGAAGCACAGCAGAGCAGACUCCUUCCUCGCCGGUGCCCCCGCUGUCUCACGCUCCACCUCCACACGGCGGCCAGGCUGGUGGCCGACAGCCCCAGCUUCCCGGCCUGCACCACCCGGGCCUGGUGUCCACGCCCAUCAGCCCCCAGCUGGUCAACCAGCAGCUUGUGAUGGCACAGAUCCUCAACCAGCAGUAUGCGGUGAACCGGCUGCUGGCGCAGCAGUCCCUGUCGCAGCAGUACCUCAACCACCCACCUGUCAACCGCAGCUCCCACAACAAGCCCCUGGAGCCACAGGUGGCAUCCAACACGGAGGUGUCCUCAGAGAUUUACCAGUGGGUGAGGGACGAGCUGAAGCGGGCCGGCAUCUCACAGGCCGUCUUCGCCCGCGUGGCCUUCAACAGAACCCAGGGCUUGCUGUCCGAGAUUCUACGCAAGGAGGAGGACCCUAAAACGGCGUCCCAGUCGCUGCUGGUCAACCUGCGCGCCAUGCAGAACUUCCUGCAGCUGCCGGAGGCCGAGCGAGAUCGCAUCUAUCAGGAGGAGAGGGAGCGCAGCCUGACGGCAGCCUCGGCGAUGGGCGCCGCUCCACUCAUCAGCACUCCACCCAGUCGACCUGUACAGCCCCGGAGGGAAGACUCCAACAGCCUAAGGCCCGAGGACUGGAAUCCCCGAAUCCCCGUGGGCAUUUCCCCUGUCAAACCGUCGCCUCUGCCCAGCGAGUGGAACGGCAAAACCGAGAGCUGCAUCCUCAACAUCAACUCCUCCAUCUACGAUGAGAUCCAGCAGGAGAUGAAGAGGGCCAAAGUCUCCCAGGCGCUGUUCGCAAAGGUGGCUGCUUCUAAGAGCCAGGGCUGGCUCUGCGAGCUGCUGCGUUGGAAGGAGGAUCCCUCCCCGGAGAACCGGACGCUGUGGGAGAACCUCUCCAUGAUCCGCCGCUUCCUGAGCCUCCCCCAGGUGGAACGCGACGCCAUCUACGAGCAGGAGAGCAGCGCCGGGCAGCAGCACCACAACGAGCGGCCGUCGCACCUGAUGCACAUCUCCACUGACCAGCUACAGGCUCAGCCACCCCAGUCGCAGCAGCAGCACCAGCCCUCCCUGUCCCUCCAGCAACCCUCCCAACCCCUUUUGUCCCAGCAGCCUUUGCAGCAACAGCAGCCAACCACCGGCCCCCGGUUGCCACCUCGCCAGCCCUCCACCGCCUCUCCGGCCGAGAUGGAGGACGAGGGCAGCCGCCUAGGGAGCAUCAAGUCCCGCACCUGCGGAGGGAAGAUCUCCCUGGAGGCUCUGGGCAUCCUGCAGAGCUUCAUCCAGGACGUAGGCCUGUACCCCGACGAGGAGGCCAUCCACACCCUGUCGGCACAGCUGGACCUGCCCAAGCUCACCAUCAUCAAGUUCUUCCAGAACCAGCGCUUCUAUGUCAAUCACCCAGCCAAGGCGCUCAAGGAGCCCAAUAUCAACAACAACAACAACGGCACCGCAGCCACCGCCAACACCAACACCAGCAGCAGCAGCAGCAGCUCGGCCUUCGAGGAGGAGCUGACGGACUUCAGGGAGAGCGGAGAGCUGCUGAAGGAGCUGGACGAGAGCACGCAGACCAACAGCACCAUCUUCUCCAUCAAGAUGGAAGAACAGCUGGCCCGAGGCGCCGAGGCCCAGUCAGAGUUGGAACACGAGGCCAAGGAGUAGGACCCCCCCCCCACCGUCCAAACGACUUUUCUUUGUGCACACACGCAGACUGAUGACUGUGCUAAACGUAACGCUCCGGCCGACACAGACCCACCACACACGCAAAUACAGAAAAGUAGUGUUUUUAAUCAGUACUGCGCCUGGACUAUAUGAGGAGUGUUUAUAUAUAUCAGUUGCAGACUGACAGGCUAUGUGAAGUGAGUGUUCACACACUGGAGAGCCCAUUUCAGACUCAAGUACUACUUUUUGGAUUUUGUAAAACUUGUAUUAUUCACUGUAAAGACUGAUGCAUCAUUUAAAUAAUCUGCACAAAAAAUUAUUCUAAGUAUGUUGCCGUGGAUAUUUGCUGACUGCACUCUGUCUGUUGUUUUACACUGACUUACUUUAUCUUUUUGAGCUACUGAUUAUAUUUAAAAAGAAAAAAAGUCCCCCUGGAGUUUGCUAGGACUUUGAUAGGUGUUUACGUACGUGAUGUUUAACUGGAUUUUUUAAAAAAAAUAGCAAAUGAAAUCAAGGACCAAGUGGUUGACAAGGCCUUAAUUAUGAGGUAUCGAGUCUGGAGCCUGCUGGCAGAUCAGAUAUUCUUUUAAAAAGCGCAUAAUGUGAUUAUGGAUCACUCCAACCUCUGGAACGCGAUCACCCAGCCCAGGUGAAUCUCCGAGAAUAGCUCAGUCUUUACAUAUUAUUUGUUAGGGAGGAAAUAUAAAUAUAUAUAUAUAGACAUUAUAUUGUAACUGUAAAAAAAAUACAGUCUUAAAGAAACUAUGCCAACAAAUGCCUUGUACUAUACGGCACUGCCGAUGUUAGAUUAUUUUGCAAAACCUUUGUCACUGUAACUUUCUGAAUCGCCACAGUUAGAAAUGUGAAUUACACCAUGUUUAUGUUGUCCAACAUUAUUUAUUUGCAGUUCAUGCAGUGUUUCUGAUGUAAUUACUUUUUUUUUUUUAAGUUUAUGUUGCGUAGAGCUUUUUUAAAAUUCCACCGAUCUUUUUUCUAUUUAUAAAUGUAAUUUCGAUGGGCAGUAAAAACAAAAAGUGUCUUAAACGUUUUAAAUGGAGAAAUGUGCUUUAAAGGUUGCCUAUAAAAAGUGCUGUACGUCAACCAACUCAUGCUACAAGCUUCACAAUUAAUGUUGUAUGCAAUUUUUACUAUCAUGCAAAUAAGCUUAGGUAAAAUGACUAACCUAUAGAACACCUUAGAAAGAAAAACAUAUGCAAUCUGUGUGAAAAUCGAUGUCUGCGAUGUGUCUUCCUUUGGUUAACAAUCCAAUUCAAAAAGCUAUUCCUGUAUAAAUAUUCUGUAUAAAAGUGUUUCAUUUUUUAAUGAGUUUAUUUCAAUGAGAACACCAGUUAUUUUGUUACGACUGACUGUUUUAUAAGUGUUUCUCGGUUCCUUUCUGCAGAAAUGUUCUAACUAGAAGUGGUUAUUGAUUGUUAAUUACACAAUUAAACUGUUUGUAUUGUACCACAGAUUUCUUGGCAUUAACUUGACCAGACUCUUUUGACGCCAGAGUGGGAUUUUCUCCUCUGCGAACGAAAGACGAAACGAUGUGAAUUGUUUUUAAAUCUACUGCUAAGAGAUCAUCGGCUCCAGUUACCGACUCCUUCAGCUGCAGUCACUGAACACGUUAUUUGUAAUAACUGUACAUAUCACAUCUUAUGAAUCAUUGAUUGUUUAUUAUUGUAAAUAUAUUUGAAGUUUGUGCAAGAGCUCGCCGUACAAAAUUGAAAUCAACGUUCUGUCGUGCCUCUUCCUCUCAAACCGACUGUACCUGAGCUCUUCUACUGCUGAGUGUAUCUGAAGCACCUGUGAAAUCUGAAAUAAAUAAAUGUUAGGUGUGAACACCUGUAAUAGCAAAGCCCUCUGCAGGGAGUAAAGAUAUAAAACAGCACAGGUGUCCUUACCUUGCUGUGAACCCCAGGUGAGGCCAGGUGUCUGCACCUUUAGGAAAUUACCCUCACCUGUUAACACCCUGCUAUAUGUGCCAGCCAGCCUUGGCCGGCGUUCCCUUGAUGUUCUGCUCUUUUUUUUCAUGAAUAAAAAGCCAGAGUGUAA